AUGCCCAUCGGUCCACCUUCUUCGCCUGUGAGCAAUGCCGGGAGCGCAAAAGAAGAUGUAACAGAGCCAGGCCCAAAUGCUCGUCGUGCAUCGUUCUGGAUGUGGAGUGUUUCUAUACACCGGCUUCAGCUUCUCAGCCGUCACAUGCAAGAAUUCUCCAACAUUCGAGAGAGGUUGGAUUAUAUUGCACCAUUGGUUAAAGACCUCGGGGCUCCGCCUACAUUCUGGAAACACGCCCCGUAUCUCCAACCACAGGCUCCCCCCAUCACCAUCAAAUCCCAAUUCCUAAUGCAGAUGGUUGGAUUGCGAUUAGAUUUUCCGGCCUUUGUCUAUCGUCUAGAAGAAGCCACACCGUAUAUUCCCGCGGCCUCCGUGGAGGGUAAGCUGCUCAGACUAUCAGAGGAAAAAGUUACCGCGGUUAUACGCAUAUUCACAGAGGAGGUUCACGUGUGGUACCCCAUCCUCCAUCCGGACAUCACCAAUCACUUCUUUGAGACGAACAGCUCAGGUUUCCCACCUUCAACCAAGUCCUGCUCAUGUCUCCUCGUUGCAUCAAUCGCGUUUAUACUGAGGAAGGCACAAUCAGAGUCUAUCUAUUCUGAAGCUGCCUUGUCAAUGGUUCCGAUAGUGCUCCAAGAGGACAGUGUGGUCAGUAUUCAGUGUUUAAUUCUCUUGAGUAUACACUUUGCCUGUCGAGUGCAGCCACGGCAAUCCUACGAUUAUAUCCGAAUAGCCUCCUUCCGUAUACACUCUCUCCUUAGAAGUGAGAUUUCCAUGCAUUUAAACUUAUCUACAGCGUACAAUCGGCGACGACCUGGUGGCUCUUAUGCCCCAAUUCCCUUUACCACCAAUGACAAGUCUUGGGACAUCCUCGCUGAAUCAAGUCCGUCUAGCUCAUGCUUGACUCCGUCACCAGAUACUCCUAGUCAAUCGCAGCAUUAUCCCCUCGACUUUACCAAAGAACUCCACUUACAACAAUUGUUAGACAAGUGCAUGGACUCAGCGACAGGAGAUUCAUACCCUAUCCACCCAACUAGUAUAUCCUCUGCGGAGGAAAGGCUCAGUUUGCAACAGUUAUUGGAUUCUCUGCCACCCAUACCGCCGUUCAGGGUGACUUCAAUGCCCCAGGAUAUAUCCACUCGCCACCAGCACGGUACUCUGCUUCGGGCGAAAUAUCACGCAUAUGAGAUCUCCAGCUACUGGCCGGCAAUAUACCGUGCCACUCUACUUAAAUCUGCUGACUCAGAGCUACUACCUUACGGUCCACUCUUCGUUGAAUCGAUAGUAAGCUUCUUGGGUACAGCCAAUGUCGCCGGUCGGUCAUGUAUCCCGAAGUCCUGGUCACUUUGUGCAAGCCUUUUUAUCGUGUCCAUGGUAGCUGUUUGGACAGUAGACAAUCUGCGCCUCCAAAGCCCGUUUCUACCUAGGCUCCGGGGAUAUCUCAAAGAUACCUUGGAUACUCUUAAGCAAUUUAGCGAGCUUAGCCCGUCAGUGAAAUACAUGGCAGAAGUGCUAGAGAACAGGUUGCAGGAGAUUGACGUUCUGUAA